UUUAGCUCUUGUAGCUUUAGUGAAUCGGUACACCUUCCUUACCCCCCCACCCCUCACCGGGUCGCGCUCUCUCUCUCUCCUCCUUUAAUUCCUCCCCCCCGCUCUCUUCUCUUCCCCCCUCGUCGUCGUAGUCGUCUCGACAACGCACACAAACCUAGUCAUAGCAUAGACUUGCAUCUCCCCCAAAGACUCGUCCAUCAUGUCCACCAAGGCUAUCCGCGAGUUCGACGCCAAGCAGCUUGUGUCCUUCUGGCUCACUCGCUCGCCCACCCCCAUCCCGACCGUCACCGAGUCGACCGCCGUCCCCGUCAAGGUCGCCCAGGUCGAGUGGGACGCUGAGACCAACCAGCUCCAGCCCCCCAUCAAGCCCGGCCACGGCCUCCCCGACUGGGUCUUCACCGACAAGCUCGUCGGCAAGCCCGACCAGCUGAUCAAGCGUCGUGGAAAGGCCGGCCUCCUUUGCCUCAACAAGGGCUGGGAGGAGACUGGCAAGUGGAUCGAGGACCGCGCCGGCAAGCCCGUCCAGGUCGAGCACACCACCGGCACCCUCAAGACCUUCGUCCUUGAGCCCUUCCUCCCCCACCCCGCCAACACCGAGUACUACGUCUGUAUCAACUCGACUCGCGAGGGUGACUGGAUCUACUUCACCCACGAGGGUGGUGUCGACGUCGGAGACGUUGACGCCAAGGCGCUCAAGCUCCUCCUCCCCGUCGGCAAGCCCUUCCCCAAGCGCGAGGUCGUCAUCUCGACCCUCCUCGAGCACGUCCCCGAGCAGAAGAAGGAUGUUCUGGCCGACUUCAUCAUCCGCCUCUACGCCGUCUACGUUGACCUCCACUUCGCCUACCUCGAGAUCAACCCCCUCAUCUGCCUCGACCCCGUCGACGGCAAGCCCGCCGAGAUCUACUACCUCGACAUGGCCGCCAAGCUCGACCAGACUGCCGACUUCAUCUGUGGUCCCAAGUGGGCUGUUGCCCGUGACCAGGCCUCUGCUACCUCGGCUUCUGGCCCUGUCAAGGCCGACCGUGGACCCCCCAUGGUCUGGCCCGCCCCCUUCGGCCGUGACCUCACCAAGGAGGAGGCCUACAUCCAGAAGCUCGACGCCUCGACCGGUGCCUCGCUCAAGCUCACUGUCCUCAACGCCAAGGGUUCCGUCUGGACCAUGGUUGCUGGUGGUGGUGCCUCGGUCGUCUACUCGGACGCCAUUGCCGCCGCUGGCUUUGCCCACGAGCUCGCCAACUACGGCGAGUACUCGGGUGCCCCCACCGAGGGCCAGACCUACGAGUACGCUCGCACCAUCCUUGACCUCAUGACCCGCGGCGAGCCUCUCCCCAACGGUAAGGUCCUCAUCAUUGGUGGUGGUGCCGCCAACUUCUCCGACGUUGCUGCCACCUUCAAGGGUAUCAUCCGUGCCCUCAAGGAGCACAAGGAGGGUCUCAUCCGCCACAACACCCGUAUUUGGGUUCGUCGUGCCGGCCCCAACUACCAGGAGGGUCUCAAGGCCAUGCGCCUCUGCGGCGAGUCGCUCGGUGUCCCCAUCAAGGUCUACGGCCCCGAGUCGCCCAUCACCGCCAUUGUCCCCAUGGCUCUUGGUCUCCUCAAGGACCAGUCGACUGCUCCCAGCCGCGUCUCGUCCUCGGCCGACCUCCAGGCUGUCAUUGAGGCCUCGACCGAGAAGGCCAAGAAGGCCAACGGCCCCGAGCGCGCUGGCGCCAACGUCGGUGCCAUCAAGCCCGACGGCAGCCGCGAGCAGCCCGGUGACCAGAUUGUCCACUUCGACACCGAGAAGAUCAGCGCCCGCCCCUGGUUCCGUCCCUUCGACGCCCAGACCCGCUCGUUCGUCUUCGGUCUCCAGCCCCGUGCUAUCCAGGGCAUGCUCGACUUUGACUUCUCGUGUGGCCGCAAGACCCCUUCGGUCGCUGCCAUGAUCUACCCCUUCGGUGGUCACCACAUCCAGAAGUUCUACUGGGGCACGAAGGAGACCCUCCUCCCAGUCUACACCACCGUCGGUGAGGCGAUCAAAAAGCACCCCGACGUCGAUGUGGUUGUCAACUUCGCCUCGUCUCGCUCGGUCUACUCGUCGACCCUCGAGAUCCUCACCUUCCCCCAGAUCAAGGCCAUCGGCAUCAUUGCCGAGGGUGUCCCCGAGCGCCACGCCCGUGAGAUCCUCCACCUUGCCCAGGAGAAGAACGUCAUCAUCAUCGGUCCCGCUACCGUUGGUGGUAUCAAGCCCGGCUGCUUCCGUAUUGGAAACACUGGCGGCAUGAUGGACAACCUCAUCUCGUGCAAGCUCUACCGCCCCGGUUCGGUCGGCUACGUCUCCAAGUCGGGUGGCAUGUCCAACGAGCUCAACUCGAUCCUCGCCCAGACCACCAACGGUGUCUACGAGGGUGUCGCCAUCGGUGGUGACCGUUACCCCGGUACCUCGUUCAUCGACCACAUCCUCCGUUACGAGGCCGACCCCGAGUGCAAGCUCAUCCUCCUUCUCGGAGAGGUCGGUGGUACCGAGGAGUACCGCGUCAUCGAGGCCGUCAAGUCGGGCAAGCUCACCAAGCCCGUCGUUGCCUGGGCCAUCGGUACCUGCGCCAAGAUGUUCACCUCGGAGGUUCAGUUCGGUCACGCCGGUUCCAUGGCCAACUCGGACCUCGAGACGGCCGACGCCAAGAACAAGGCCAUGCGCGCCGCUGGCAUCAUUGUUCCCGACACCUUCGAGGACCUCCCCGAGGUUCUCACCGCCGUCUACAAGAAGCUUGUUGACAACGGCACCAUUGUCCCCAAGCCCGAGAUUGAGGCUCCCCAGAUCCCCAUGGACUACAACUGGGCUUCCAAGCUCGGCCUCAUCCGCAAGCCUGCCGCCUUCAUCUCGACCAUCUCGGACGAGCGUGGCCAGGAGCUCAUGUACGCCGGCAUGCGCAUCUCGGACGUCUUCAAGGAGAACAUUGGUAUCGGUGGUGUCAUCUCGCUUCUCUGGUUCAAGCGUCGUCUCCCCGAGUACGCCACCAAGUUCAUCGAGAUGGUCCUCCAGCUCACUGCCGACCACGGUCCCGCCGUCUCGGGUGCCAUGAACACCAUCAUCACUGCCCGUGCCGGCAAGGACCUCAUCUCGUCGCUCGUCGCUGGUCUCCUUACCAUUGGUGACCGCUUCGGUGGUGCUCUUGACGGUGCCGCCGCCGAGUUCUCGCGCGGUGUCAACUCGGGUCUCUCGCCCCGCGAGUUUGUCGACUCUAUGCGCAAGCAGAACAAGCUCAUCCCCGGUAUUGGCCACAAGAUCAAGUCCAAGACCAACCCCGACCUCCGUGUCGUUCUUGUCGUCGACUACGUCAAGAAGCACUUCCCCUCGCACCGCACCCUCGACUUCGCCCUCGCCGUCGAGGACGUCACCACCCAGAAGUCGUCUACCCUCAUCCUCAACGUUGACGGUGCCAUCGCCGCCUCGUUCUGCGACCUUCUCACUGGCUGCGGUGCCUUCACCGAGGAGGAGGCCACCGAGUACCUCCGCAACGGUACCCUCAACGGUCUCUUCGUCCUUGGUCGUUCGAUGGGUUUCAUCGGUCACUACCUCGACCAGAAGAUGCUCAAGCAGCCUCUCUACCGUCACCCUGCCGACGACAUCUUCGUCAUGAUGGGUGGCAACGAGCGCACUGUCGUUCAGCCCUAAACACUGUCUCGUUCUUGCAAAAAAGGAGGAAGACAGAUAUGUACAUAACUGAUAUCGCGGAAAACAGAAAAUUGUUCCGUAGGUUGUUACCUGUAGUUAGAUUAGAUUGAAUGCAAAUUCAACGCGGGAUUCCGUCGAUUAGAGUAAA